AUGCUUCGGCACGAAUGGGUCGGCUCGACCGGAGUGAUACCACUACCUCACAGAAAACCGUCGUUAAACAACCACAGCGUUGUGUUUCGCCGUAGAGCUAGCUCUGUCUUCUUCACCUUCACCUUCGCCUUCGCCUUCACGUUCACCUUCGCCUUCACCUUCACCUUCCCCUUCACCUUCACCUUCACCUUCACCUUCGCCUUCACCUUCACCUUCCCCUUCGCCUUCGCCUUCGCCUUCGCCUUCGCCUUCGCCUUCGCCUUCGCCUUCGCCUUCGCCUUCGCCUUCGCCUUCGCCUUCGCCUUCGCCUUCGCCUUCGCCUUCGCCUUCGCCUUCGCCUUCGCCUUCGCCUUCGCCUUCGCCUUCGCCUUCGCCUUCGCCUUCGCCUUCGCCUUCGCCUUCGCCUUCGCCUUCGCCUUCGCCUUCGCCUUCGCCUUCGCCUUCGCCUUCGCCUUCGCCUUCGCCUUCGCCUUCGCCUUCGCCUUCGCCUUCGCCUUCGCCUUCGCCUUCGCCUUCGCCUUCGCCUUCGCCUUCGCCUUCGCCUUCGCCUUCGCCUUCGCCUUCGCCUUCGCCUUCGCCUUCGCCUUCGCCUUCGCCUUCGCCUUCGCCUUCGCCUUCGCCUUCGCCUUCGCCUUCGCCUUCGCCUUCGCCUUCGCCUUCGCCUUCGCCUUCGCCUUCGCCUUCGCCUUCGCCUUCGCCUUCGCCUUCGCCUUCGCCUUCGCCUUCGCCUUCGCCUUCGCCUUCGCCUUCGCCUUCGCCUUCGCCUUCGCCUUCGCCUUCGCCUUCGCCUUCGCCUUCGCCUUCGCCUUCGCCUUCGCCUUCGCCUUCGCCUUCGCCUUCGCCUUCGCCUUCGCCUUCGCCUUCGCCUUCGCCUUCGCCUUCGCCUUCGCCUUCGCCUUCACCUUCACCUUCACCUUCACCUUCACCUUCACUUAG